AUACCAGCACUUACGAAACAAGCGCCGACCAUUGAUUUCAUUGAUGGGCGACUCUCCAAAUACCAUCCGGUAUUUUCUUCUCGAUCUGUGAAGUACGAUCAGAUGUCGAGGCAUUAUGUGCCGGCUUCCCAGGCUUUGGUGGCCAAUACCAACAACAGCCUCGCGACACCGCCAGCAUCGAACGCGCCGCCAGGCAGCAACGGUUUACCGCAAAGGCCAGAAUGGACAGAUACGAAUGCUAUGAAGUUCUGGAAUGAGGUCUUUCCAGAUGCUAUGAUAAGAUUCAAGUCCACGAAAGAGCCUAAGGGCCGAUCGAAAACCGUGUACCACAUCAGAGACAAACCCAACUGGGAUACUAUCUAUGAAACGCUUGAAUUGGCGCGCUCGGAAUACCAGAGGAGCGGGGGCCCAGUGGGCUGGAUUCGAAAGGUACGAAGAAAGGUCGCCGAUAACAUCACUCCUGGAGCCGAAGCGACAAAAAUUGCUUCAAAACUUGUUCCUCAGGAUCCAAUCGCGACUCCGGUUGUAGGCGCCGUAGAAGUAGUACUUGACGCUGUCAAGACAGCUGCAACUGUGCGAAACCAGGUCCUUGCAGGCUUCGAUGGGGUCGUUCCAAUCUUUUCUGACGUAGAGGUAUUCCUCAGCACGUUCCAAGGCGAUGUGAACAUUCGGAACGCAUCCAUUGAUUUAAUUGCCGCGACUCUAGAGGCUGUGGAACGAGCCAUAGGCUUCUUCAUCAGCAACGAGUUCUUCCGAGGCGGGAAAGCCCUUCUCAGUGGUGGGGAUUAUGAGGAGAGCUUACUCGAGAGCCUCACCAUGAUCCAGACGAAGGCCAGGGAUCUCAUUCAACAAGCGCUGAAAUCGCAUAUUUUCCAAUUUCACAUGUAUUCUCAAGAGACGAGAAGGGUUCUUGAGCAGCUUACCAACAAGGUCGACAUCUUGGUCACCGGAAACAACAAGAUAGAGCAGCUACUGAGAGACCAUCUGCAGCAGAAAGAUCGCGAGCUGGAAGUUGCCCGACAGGAAAACAUUUAUCUUAAGGUCGAGAAUGGGAUACUGCGCUCUACAUCGCCAAUACAGCAAAGUAUGUGGGCUCCUCCGCCGCAGUCAGCCCAAGCACCGGCCCUGGGUUGGUACAUCAGCCAAGACACACUCCGGAAUAUGAUCGAUACUUUUGACCUCGACUUCGCUGACAUCGCUUUCGUCAUGGAUAAGAAAGAGCAGCUUUCUGGAAAAGAUAAAGCAAGAGCUGAGCAAAUCAUCCACACACAGCUCUUCCAGAACUGGAUUGUAUCUGCCUCGUCGUCGAAGCUUUUGGUUCACUGGGACUUGCACCGACCGAAGAAGAUUGCUGAAGUCUCGCCACUAUCUGUUUUCUGCAUGACUCUGGUGCAGUCUCUACGGACUAAAGACCGAUUCAUGUCCGCACUGUGGUUCUGUGGACGCCAUGUUGACGAGAGCGACCCUGGAGCUCGUACUGGUGGGCGUGCUAUGCUUUUGAGUCUAAUCGACCAGUUGUUAAGGCAAUUUGAAUUCGACACUAGACCCUUACACAAUCACAUUGAUCUUGUGAGCCUUCAAGAGGGUGGUCUUGAAGUGCUUAUCAAGCUACUCCACUCGCUGGUGCGACAAUUACCACCCCAGACAACGCUGUUCAUCAUUGUCGAUGGCGCAGUUUUAUUCGAAAGGGAUCAGUUCGAAGCUGAGGCAUUGAGGGUGUUUGCCAGCUUGAUUAUCCUCGUUGCUGAUACCAGUGUGAUGGCUUCCAUCAAGGUGUUGUUUACCAGCACACCCGGCACGCACAUCGUACGAGGGGCUUUUGAGCCAGAGGAUCUGAUCCUGAGUGUAGAUAAUUUGCCACGGCCGGCAAUAGGGAGCGAGGAACGCAUGGUAAGAGAGCUUAAGGGCGAGCUUGGAGAC